AUGACGUCAAACUAAACGCGUCGAGGAGCUGUUUUCUCCACGCUGUUUACCCCAAGUGCAGCAAAUGUGUCUUUAAAGCUCCUUUACUGCUAUAUUCAUCUUAAAUAAUGGAGAAAAAAGGCUCAAAGCACACCGGGAAGAAACCGAAACCACCGAAGAAGAAAGACGACGAUGACCCCGUUAGAAGCUUCGAGAAAUGGAAGAAAAAGUACGACAAGACGAAAGCACGAGUGAAGCGAGAGAGAGCCCAGAAGAAGAAGCCCGAGUGGCAGGUGGAGAAGGAGUACAUCGACCGGCUGGUCAGCAGGUACGGAGACAUCAACGCGAAAGAGGUUGUCAAGUUCUCAGACUUCCCCAUCUCCAAGAAGACCCUGCUGGGCCUGCAGGAGGCUCAGUAUCGGCAGCCCACCAAGAUCCAGAGGCAGACCAUCGGCUUCGCUCUGCAGGGGAAAGAUGUCCUCGGAGCGGCCAAGACCGGCUCCGGGAAGACGUUAGCCUUCCUCAUACCGGUUCUGGAGUGUCUGUACCGCCAGCAGUGGAGCUCCUUGGACGGCCUCGGUGCUCUCAUCAUAUCCCCCACCAGAGAACUCGCCUACCAGACCUUCGAAGUGCUCCGCAAGGUGGGCAAGAACCACGAGUUCUCCGCGGGGCUCAUCAUCGGCGGGAAGGACCUGAAGAGCGAGUCGGAGAGGAUCCACCACACCAACAUCGUCAUUUGCACCCCGGGCAGGCUGCUGCAGCACAUGGACGAGACGGCCACCUUCCACGCCUCCGAUCUGCACAUGCUGGUCCUGGAUGAGGCGGAUCGCAUCCUGGAUAUGGGCUUCGCAGAUACUCUCAAUGCCAUCGUGGAGAACCUUCCCAAGUCCAGACAGACGCUGCUGUUCUCCGCCACGCAGACCAAGUCAGUCAAAGACUUGGCCCGUCUCAGCCUCAAAGAUCCAGAGUAUGUUUGGGUUCAUGAGAAGGCCAAGUUCAGCACCCCGGCCACCCUGGAGCAGAGCUACGUGGUUUGUGAGCUCCACCAGAAGGUCAACAUGCUCUACUCCUUCAUCAGGAGCCACCUGAAGAAGAAGGUCAUCGUCUUCUUCGCCUGCUGCAAGGAGGUGCAGUAUCUGUUCAGGGUCUUCUGCCGUCUUCGACCCGGCAUGCCCAUCCUGGCCCUGCACGGCAAACAGCAGCAGAUGAAGAGGGUGGAGGUCUACAACGACUUCCUCAAGAAGCAGAAUGCUGUGCUCUUUGCCACCGACAUCGCCGCCAGAGGCCUGGACUUCCCUGCAGUCAACUGGGUGCUGCAGUUCGACUGUCCAGAGGAUGCAGACACCUACGUCCACAGGGUGGGCCGGACUGCCAGGUACAAGGAGGGAGGAGAGGCUCUGCUGCUGCUGCUGCCCUCCGAGGAGAAGGGGAUGGUCCAGCAGCUGCAGGACAAGAAGGUUCCCAUCAACAAGAUCCAAGUGAACCCAGAGAAACUGCAGGGUGUGCAGCAGAAGCUGGAGGCCUUCCUGGCCCAGGAGAAGGAGCAGAAGGAGAGAGCCCAGCGGUGCUUUGUUUCCUACCUGCGCUCCGUCUUUCUGAUGAAGAACAAAGAAGUGUUUGAUGUGUUUAAACUCCAGCUUCACGAGUACGCUCUGUCCCUGGGCCUCGCUGUGGCUCCGAGGGUUCGCUUCCUAAACAAAGCUCAGGCUCAGAGAGCUGAGAAAGAAGGACGGAGAGCGGAGGAGGAGGAACAGUCUGACGAAGAGGAAGAGCUGAGGAAGUUUAAGGCCCAGCUGAGAGGAAAAGUUCCUCAUGAGGAAAGUGAAAGCUCAGACGACUCCAGUGAGGACAAGGAAAGUAGUAACGAACAAGAUGUGGAUCAGUCCAAGACGUUGCUUGUGAGUGAAAACGACGAGGACGACGAUGAUCUACGAGACUUUGACCUGCUGACGGUUAAAAGAAAGGACGUCUUCAAUCUGACGGGGGAGCAGCAGAGUCCAGAGGAGCCUGCAGAGGCCUCCAAAAACAAAACAGAGAAAGAGACAAAGUACAAAGAAGCCAAAAAGAUCCUCAAGAGAAACUUCCAGGUGAACACCAAAGUGACUUUCAGUGAAGAGGGGGAAGCCGUGCAGCUGUGGCCACCAGUCCAGCGCACCGUGACUGCUGCUGCGGACGAGGAAGACGACGAGGUUUCGGGUAUCAACGUGGAAAAGGCCAAGGAGAGGCUGAAACGGGAGGAUCAGGAGUUUGACAAGCAGGAGUACAGCCGCAAGGUGAAAGCCAAACACAGAGAGAAGAGACUGAAGGAAAAGGCUGCCAGACGGGAGGCGAGCAAGAGGAGCGGAAAUAAAUCUGAUGAGGACGAGGAGGAUGAAGUGAUGGCAUACCUGGCCAAUAGCAGCGAGGACGAGUUCGACCCCAGCACCCUGCCGGACCCUGACAAACUGCACUCUGAGGAGGAGGAAGAUGAGGAGGAGGAUCAGACAAGGUCGGCUAAACGUCAGCAUAGCAGUGACAGCAGUGAUGAUGAGGAGGAGGAGGAGCUCUCAGCAGGGAAGAGGAAGAAGUUGAAGCAGCUGGAGGAUGAACACAAGGCUCUGGACACUGGUCUCUCUCUGGCUGAAGAUGAGGAGUUGGUCUUACAUCUGCUGAGUGGACAAAGUGAUUUUUGUCCAACUGAAGUCGGAUAUGGGAUAGUUUCUACAAUGAGAUGUACAACUGCAUUCUGUGUCCAGCAGAUGGAGCUAAUAAACAGCAUGGCUGCUGUUGCAGCUCCUCUGGCACUUCAGCUAUCAGGUCUCCAGAGGCAUGCUAGAUUGAGGCUGCUCGAGCCAGUAGGGGCCAGUGGUGGACCCUACCAGACACGGUCUUUCCCUGUGUCCACUACCACUUCCAUCCAAGCGUUGCACUCCUGCCAGCCUGCUCUGAGGAUUGAUGGACAUCUGGGUGUGUGCGGGAGCCAGUGUGGGGUCCUCAUCCGAUGAAAUCCAGUCCAGUCACGGUAAAACUUAACCUCAGUAGCUUCACCCUGGUCACCUUCUGUUCACCUCCGGAUUUUACUUUCCUUAUUAAAUGUGUAUCAAAGUGAGAUUA